AGCACCGAAAGUGAGAAACAGAAUAUUUUUCCUAGACCGCCUAAUACAGUACCUUACUUGCCAACUACGAUUCCCUUGGAAGUUCUGAUAACUUCCGGUAAAAUUACUUUGUCUUUGUACAGUGUAGAUGACGAGAGAAAUGUUUAUAUUAAGUUACAAGGGCAAGAAAAAAGAAAUCACAGAAGAAGGCCGAUGAAGAUCAAGGUUACGAGGCGUCAGAAGAAAGUACCGACGACAAAACUGACAAUUACAAAAAGUAUAUACCGUUGAUUUACGUUUCUUUCACUCAACCUAACGCUUUCUUUGUCAAACAACAGAUAGGAAGAAAACUCCAGCUGUCGUGUUUCGAUAUUAAUUUCAAACUAAGCGGUCCAGAAUAUACUGCUCUGAAUCACAUGCCGAACGAAACGGACUUUCCAGUAAAUUUGUUAGAGACCAAGCCUGGAACGCCUAAUAGUAACGGUAUCCUACCGGCGUUUUUUGUAUUGAAGUUUAUCAAAGGUGUAGGAAAAAAAUCAAAAAUUGAACUUGACAUCUCCAAACCUACCAAAGUUCUGUGUAAAACAUCAAAAUGGAGCCAUAUGUUGGCUAUUAAAGAUAAGGUUGUGGAUACAUUUAACAGCGGCGGAGGUGGCAACAGUUUCAUGAUCCUUUUAAAGGCGCAUUUGUCAAAUAAGAAAAACGCCAUUAACGAAAGUCAACGAAGUGUUCGAGUGAACGAUACCUAUAGCAAAUUCCAAGAAAUAAAGGAAUUUUUAGGUAACACAAAUUCAGUCUCGGUCAAUUUUGACCAAAUCGUCUUUGCCGUAUCCUCGGAAAGUGGUCACGAGCUUCACAUAGGCAUGCAAAAACUCAAAAGCCAUCUUUCUUUGAACACCAGACCGGAAAAAUUAUGCUUGGCAACGACUUUCGAAUGUCUGACUUUGACUGUCAUUCAUGACGUUUUCAAAAAACUGUUGCUAAACCCCUGGACUGUCACCGUUGAUGUUUGCGUGUUCUGGGAAUCUUGGCAAGACACAGACAGCAAUCCCCAGGUUCAAGUAUCGAUUGAAAGUGACUGUAUUUUACUGGACGCGACUGCAGAGCAUUUAAAAUGUGUCGAGAUGGUUUUAAAAGAUGUAAAUGAGUUUAUAUCGAUGUUGCCGAAUAAAGAUAUGGAUGAAGUUAAGAAGGAAGAUAGUUUUGCAAAAAUAGAAAAGGAUCAGUACUACAAGGAUGAUCUGAGAGCUGGAGCCUUUCAGUUUGUCGAUUCUAGUACUGAUAAUUCUGAUGAAAUGCCUUUACCUUAUCAGGUUAUGUUUUGGUCGAAAACCAUAUCAGCCAUGGCCUGGAAAUAUCCGCAGCCUCGCGCUUUGACCAAAGUGAGAGUUUUUCCGGUGCCAUACAAGAUGGCGCUUGGUUCGCAAGAAAGCGUCAUGAUUCUGUGUCAUUUGGAAUACUGGUCCGAGUGUAGGAAUUGUUAUUUGCCAUACACCGAAUUCUAUUUGUCUGAAAGUGAAGUUUGUCACCUAAACUUGCCCAAAGGACAGCCCCAAAAAAUCGUUGCCAGCGUUUGGAGGGUGGUAAUAACUGCAGUCGAUGAUCAAUCCGAUGAAAACAUACCUCACAAAAUAGGGAUAUCACCGAGAGCUCUAGCCGCCUGCAUGAGAAUCGAUUCUUACUUCAAUAAGUCGUUGAUUCCUAACCUCACUACUGCCCUUUACAUAACGAAGAUAGAGGUCGCUUUGUACAAUUACUUUCCUAAAAACGAAAAUAAUGUAAAGUUGCCAAAGAGUCUGAAAAAAUACAGUUCGGAUUUUAGUUUCCCGGAGAAUCAACGAUUUUUGACAUUGACAGUUGACAAUUUGUGCUCUUACUUGUCAACAUGGAAUUUCGAUAUUUUCGCGACUGAAAUAACAGGAGCUCUAAGUUCGAAUGUGUUAGAUUAUGCUUUUCUAACUGAACAAAAUCUUUUAGAAACGUUUACAUGUAAGUUGGAAUUAUUCUUAAACAAAGGCCUGGAGUGCAACAUAAUUUCUAAGCCUAUACGCCUAAAUAUCGCACCGAGCAUUGCUCAUACUCUGGCCGUGAGUUCUCAGAUGUGGACUCGGAAUAGCUCAGACGAUGCAAACGCCUUAGAGUUUGUUAUUGUGACGAGAUUUGUUAUAUGUAAUGACACGAAUGCGAGCAUUCGAUUUGCUCAGUGGGCUACAGAGGAAGAUAUCUUGCUGCCAUCUAGAAAAUGUAAUUUGUACUCCUGGAGGUCUCAAAAGAAACAUCAAUAUUUAAGAGUUGCCAUAGAAGAAACUGAUUAUAUGGUCAAAAGCUUUCUCCAUAUCCCAAACAGGCAACCAAGUUAUCCACUUCAAUUCCGAAAAGAACAUAACAUUGUUCGUUUCGGUUAA